UAAACGACGUCGUUCGAGGAUGAGGUGCAUGUUUACCUAUUUAGACUCACGCGAUUGACAAAGAGCGUGAUCAACGCGCUUACUUUCUCGUCACUGCGACUCGAUGAGCCGUUCUGCUCGUCUCCAAUUCCUCGCCACCAUGUUGUAUCGCUUUGCUAAUACGAGAGGUAGAAAAACUAGAAGCUUUGCAAAUGGAUCAAACACCAGAGGGAGAGGCCAGUUCGUUACCGGAGACUCGCACUUACGUUCUGUCCGUCAAGGAAGCUUCUCUAACCAGCCACUUCAGCAACCGCCGCCGUCUAAUCAAAAUCAACAGUUCCGCUAUCCUCGUCCAUCGUUUUAUCAAAAUCAAGCAGUGCGGUCCCACCGUCGUAAGCCAUUGGAUUAUCGGGCAUGGGAGUACGCCAAGGUACCGCCGCCUCCAAAUUCUGAGCGGUUUUUAAUUCUCUCGUAUAAGUUGCUGGCCGACUACCUCGCUAUUGAUCACCGGGGCAAACUUUACCAUCACAUACCGCGUCACAUGCUAGACUAGGAGUGGAGGAAGAGAAGUAUAAUUUUUGAACUUGGAUUAUGGUCGGCAGACGUUAUGUGUUUUCAGACUUAGAGUCAGAGUUGAGGAUUAGAGGUUACAGUAGCAUUUGGAAGAUGCGAACUGGAAAUGCCAUUGAUGGAUGUGCAAUCUUUUGGCGAACAUCAAGAUGUUGGGUCAAAAUUUCAAUGAAAAUGGAUUGCCUCUCUCAACAAGGUGACUCGAGAAAUUAGUAAAACGCUUGUUUGUAUAUAUCAGGCUAAAUAUUUUCAUAAAUUUGGUAUGGAAUUAUCUCGAACAUCUUUUUGCUGUUUUUCACAAUAGUAAACGUGAACAUUGCUGGUAGAAGUAUAUGAUCAAUAAACAUAUAUAUCUAAUAUUCGUGAUUAUGUAAAAGUUGUCUCUUCUUCAUUGAUUUCAUAUCCAUAAUAUUAAACACCAUUGAUAUAAAUCUUACUGGGUAUAAUUGCAAUUUGAUGAUCAAAUGAAAUGUUAAGAUUUGUGGUUUUGAUCUGUUCAAAGUAAAUUCUAAUCAUAUGAAUUAAAUGUUUAACUAAUGCUUAAUACUAUCGGUAAAGGACUUCACACUAAUGUUUCUAGGCGUAUUUGCUUCUUCACCUUAGUCCACUAUUUCGUUCUGGAAUUAAUUUUAAAUUAUUACUUCUUCAAAAUACUUUGCUUCGUAUACAUCAUAAGGUUGAUUUAGUAGAUAUCAAGACUACUCAAUCAUGGUUAUCUGUUUGAUUGUAAACAUUAAUGAUGAAAACAUAUAGGGGUUAGUCACAUCAAAACUGUUGUCCAAAUGUUGUGGGGAUACCAUUUCAUUAGCUUGUACUCUGAAUUUCCAGUUCAGCUGGUUCUAGUAAGGUUGUCAUCUGUAACAUUCAUGUGCUUUACAAUCCCAAAAGAGGGGAAAUAUAGCUUGGCCAGGUAUGAACUGGACUCACAUCUACACCUAUAUCAGUUAAACUAGGUGAAUUUGCCUUAAUUAUUAUGUCAUUAUAUCUUCAAUAGGUUAGGACACUUUGGAUAAUGCUUAUGCUAUUUCAAAGAUUUGGAAUGAUGCUCUAGUUCUUCUUUGUGGGGAUUUUAAUUGUACACCAAAGGUGAAUCACUUCUUUCACAAGUAAAGCGUCAGUUAGCAUUAUUUAAUGGGAAAUUUCUUUUUUUGUAUUUGUUGUUUAUGGACAGUAUUGGUAACUUUCGUCUUUUUAUAUGCUUUGAGUUUGAUGCCCUAACUAUAACAUUUUUGUUGUUGUGAGAGUCCAUUAUACAACUUUUAUUUCAGAGCUGAAGGUAAAACAUUUUCUUUGCUGUAUAUUCUUUAUGUUCAGUGAUUGAAACAAUAGAAAUUCAAAUUAUGCGCUGUUUGCUUCAGUUAGAUUUGUCUGGAGUCGAUAGAGAUAAGGUGUCAGGGCAAGCUUCUGCUCAAAUUCGUUCAUGGAAGCCAUAUAAUCCAAAUCCCGGGUGGGGUUUGUAAAAGGUCCAGCCUGCUGGUGGUUCAACACAAGGUCCACCGGUGGUAGGUGAGGGGGAAGUUGGUGUUAAGCUGAGUGAUCCUCUCUCUGACAUGCAGAAGAACAAAGAAUAUGGUGAUGCUGAAAAUGUUCCUUUUUUGAACAGCUCAUCUCCAUCUCAGUCCAAUGAUGCAUUGCCAAAUCUGAAUAACAAGGCUUGCAGCAAUAUGCAAUGCAUGAAUGAGAGUACCGUCAGUGAUGUGGCAGCAAAUGAAACUGAGCAGAUGGUGAUAGAUGGUUUCAAGGAACGUUCAAGUUGUCUUCACAGUGAAGGUCAGUUUCCUUCUGAUAAACAUCAUAGUAAUGAUGGAAUCUGUAAAAUGUCUCAUUCUAGAGCAUCCCAUCUGGAAGAUAAAUCUGAUUUAACUGAGAUGGGGACAAAUGCCUCCUCUCAUUCAAAUCAUGGAUCAUCAAGUGAACAUUCUGAGUCAAACAUAAUAAUAGAGAGUGAUGGAUCUUGUGAUUACUCUUAACUUUCCCGUGUGUAAUGAUCAUAGUAGAAUCUUUGAAUUUAGUCCUGAGGUCACAGGUGCUUCCAACUCAGAGAUUCCACAUCUGUCAAGUAUUGGUGUAAAACAGGUUAUCUGUUCUGCAAAAUAUAAAAAUGACAUCUCUGGUGCUCCUACUAUUGACUCUCUAGCAUCCAUUGAACCGGAGAAUCUGUUGGUGAGAAACUUAGAUGAAGCAGCUAAUAAUCUGGAGAAUCUAUCUAUAAACACCCCAGAUGAAGCUGCUAAAAAUAUGGAGAAUCUAUCUGAGAAAUCUAGAUGAAGCUGAAGUAGGUGGAAUUUUUGAUGAAGAUGACAAUACAUUUUUAUCUGAAUUACACAAGAAUGAAGAUUUCUUUCCUUCUAGUUCUGAUCAGUUUGUAGGAUCUACCUUGGGUGCUUCUUCUGAGGAACUUGGUGAUGAAGUUCUCCAUAAUAUUUCUCCUCCCUUGGGUUUUGAGGCUGUCGAUGCGGAGAAUACAACGUAUGAUCCAUCAUUGUGGAUUCCAAUGGAUAUAGCAACUGCUACUGGCAAUGAAGGCUGCACCUUUCUGGAACACCCUCUACAGCUUAAAAGCACUUAUGCAGAAGAGGAGGAUGGUACAGGGACAAGGGAUUCUAACGGAGAACCCUUGAUGACCAGUUACAAUAGGUGUUUCAUGGGUACUGUUGAUUACAUAUGGCAUUCUAGUGGUAUCCAGACUGUUAGAGUUCUUGCUCCAAUGCCAAAGCAUGCUAUGCAGUGGACCCUGGGAUUCCCAACAGAGAAAUGGGGUAGUGAUCACAUUGCCUUGGCUUCUGAAGUAGCAGUCGUGAGAGAUUGACAGAUCAUAUUCAUAAUGCUGCUGUUUGGUCGCAAGAUAACUUAUGGCACUUGUCGACUACUAAAAAGGUUCAGAGAUGCCCAUCAGGUACCUUGACAUUCAUCUAUGUAGUGUCUUCCAAUGUCAGGCAUCUCAAGGAAAGUCCACAGAGCAGCUGCUAUCUUAAAGUGGGCGCAAACAAAAUUGAUCAAUAAUGGUUUUUAUUACCCUGAGGCUGCUCUUUUCAUCCAUUAUAUGACUUUGAGAAGUUGGUUUGGCUUGACAUAAAGAUUCGAUGAUUAAUUACUGUUAUGAUUUUUAUCUUUUCAACAGUUUCCCAGUUCCCUUUGAACCCUAAAAGGAGCCAUUUUCGGAAUCUUCACAGUUAGAUGAUGUUUAACAUGGACCAUAUGACAGGUUGUCAGGGCCAGAGACAGUGAAAUCCAGAAACAUGUGAUUCAACAUGAACUAUUCUUCUUCUGACUGGGUACAGUUUCAAUUACAAAAAACUUUUUGUUGGUUUCAUCUGGAGGUGGAUCCGAGUCGGCUCCCUGUUUGGCUCAAACAAGCCUGAACUCAAACUAAGGUAGUCUUAGCUUAACUAGAUUUUGAGUUGAAUCAACUUGAUUUCAUUGAGUCAUUGGAAAAUUGCCGCCGGAUUCAUCUUCUCUAGUUGCUUCCUGGUGGUUUCUCUGGGAGCUCUUUGUCAACUCAAGCUAACCCCUGUUUGGGUUCAGUUCAGCUUGAUUCACCGCUAGUUUCAUUGACAUUUCACCUCUUCAAGGUCUCCAACAGCUCUUCUCUUUCUCAAAUUUAUUUUGCUAGGCUAUCUAACAACUGAAACUCAUUAUCUCCAUCAUCUCUUUCUCAGUAUUUUCUCUUCCAUUUUCUGUUUGGAUUUUUUGUUUAAUGCCACAGAAUUUUGUCUCUGCCAUAAAAGACAACAGGAUUAGGAAUAUAUUAAUCAAUCCACAUAUUGCGGGUUUUACACGAGCCCACAUGAGACUUCAUAUGUGAUCAAGGUUGUGCAAUUUCACAAAAUUAAUCAAAGUUCCUGGCAGGCUGGCCACGAGACUCUCUGCGGUGCCCACCCUUGCUUUCUAAGUCACAUGCACUUGAAAAGAAAGAUGAGCACCUAACUUCCAUCUUUCACCAUCUCUGCAAUUUUUGGGCCCACCAACUAUUCUUAAUUUCUUAUCUCUUGUCGUGGACCGGAGACAGAAAAGUUAGCUUGACAAUGGAAAUCAUACUAGUUAAAGGCAGUCUGCCUUUUCAGCUCCUUGCUAUUUUGGCCUUGGCCAUUAAAGCUUCAUGCUGGCUACUGUCACGUCUAUUUAAAAUAAAUGAGUCCCACAACAGAAUCUCUGUAAAGACAUGUAACAAGUUAACCGUAUUUCUCCUGCAGUAUUAAUGCAGUGAAUUCCCUCGCCA